UCAUGAUCAUGAUGGGGUUGUGCACAUGGUUUUGACAUAGUUUUUUUUUUACAAUGAUUUAAACGAUGUAAAAAAAAAAAAGGUGUCGUACUUGUCAAUUAUGGGGAAAACAAGACAUAAAAAGUUUAAAAUUGACAGACCUAAACCAACGGCUUUAAUCAGUGUGAAAGAGGCAGAAAAUGAGUUGGAGCAAGAUAAUAUCUCGUCAAAUGGUGGCAUCGUCCAGUCCUUGAUAGAAAAGCUAAAUGGGCCAUCUGAAGAGGAAAGAGAAUGCAGUUGCACAACAAUAGCUAACCUUGUAUCCCAGCCUAGUGCUGUUAAACUUCUUUUGCAGAACAACAUUGUAAAAAUCUUAGCUCCAGUAAUUUUAGACAAAAACCCUGAGAUUCAGGUCAAAGCUCUUGGGGCACUGAGAAACUUAAGUGUAGACGGUGGGGAGACAGUAUGUCAAGAGAUGGUGAAAAAGGAUGUUCUAACACCACUUGUGGCUUUUCUCAAACAGUAUGGUUGCAAUUGGAUGCCAGACCCACCAACAGGAAAGAAGCACAAAUCUCUAAAUUCUUCUAUUUUUACUGAAGCUGUACAUCUAUUGUGGAAUUUAUGUGAAAGCAGUGAAGAGGCUUUAGAUAUAUUUAACCGAGAGAACCUGUUUCCCAUUGUGUGUGCAGGCUUACAGUACAGUGUUUAUGGGGCAGAACUUGCCAUCACUGCUGCUAAUUGUCUCUACACCAUAACUGAAGAUAAUGCUCCCAUCAUAAAGAUCUGUGAAGACCCAGAUGUUAUCCAACUGCUGAAUUCUUUGGUUUCACUUAAUAGUGACUCCUCUGAUCUAGUCCUUCUGAAAACUCUUGCAACAGGAAUCCUGGUGAAUGUACGCUGUGGAAGUGGUAGAUGUGAGGGUGGAAGUGUGAUCACUUCAUUACUGAAGGCAGUCGCUGACGUUUUAACCUUGGAUGCCUUGGAUGCUGCCCCCAAAUCUGCUUCUGAUGACAGCAGCUCACAAAACGGAGAUGAUGACAUGGUUACAGAAGGGGAAGAAGAGGGCAAAGCCCAUACUGUAAAUAUUGGUCAGGAAGAGUUGGAGGAAACAUUUAGGGAUGUUCAAAAUGUGUUAACUGCUCAGCAAAUAGCAAUGGAAAUAGUAGCCAAUAUCUGCUGUACAGAUGAUGAUGGAUGGGAAGAUAUGGGAAAUAGUGAAUCCAGUAGCUGUGAGGAAGAAACAGCAGAAGAAGAGGAGGACAUGGACCAGGAGACCAUUGAUAUGUUUUCUUCUCUCUGUGUGUCAACUGAAGUUCAACAAGCUGUCAAAGGAUUUUGUGUGUUUGAAAAGGUGUGUUCGAAGUGUUCCCCUGUGGACUGCUGUGGUCCUCCCAGUAGUGUUUCAAAAAGCUUUGUGAAUUUGCAAGCCCAUGCUCUGCUGUGUAUGAACAAUAUGGUGAAUUGUAUGGACCUGGAUUUGUUAGGAGGAGCAGACAGACUACACCAAGUAUGGAGCAGCCUAGCAUCCCUGUUGGCAAACAUUGAUAAGACUGAUGAGAUGUUGUUGGAGGCUACAACCAGUGCACUGCGGGCUGUGAUACAGAAGCUCUCUAGUGCUGGGUCCCAGAAGCUGCUAGAGAUUUCAGUAUCUGACCUUCAGUUCCUGUUCAGUAUUGGUCGCUCUUGUCAGCUGGCUGAUGUGAGGGUCAACAUUGUACGAAUCGUAGCCAUAGUGGGUGUAGUGUUCAGCAAGCAAGCUGAUUUACCCAAUGUUGACACCCUGAAGAAUAUUGGGAUUUUUUUGCUGACUAUUGUCUGUGGAGACAAGGAUUUAUGGGUUGUUUCCGAGGCUUUGGAUAGCUUGUUUGAUGUGUUCGGAGAGGAUCAUCUAGACUCCAUCGACCAUGACAUUGGUCUAACAGACCGACUGUCAAAAUUUGUGCCUGAAAUGAAAUCUAGAGUAAACCUGAUAAAGAGAAAACCAGAUGAGCACUACCCUGUGAUUUCUACAGCUAAAACUAACCUGAUUCGAUUUGUGAAAUAUAAACUCUCUAAGAAAAACGGGUCCUUGGCCGACAUGCGGCGGAUUUUGAUUCUUCUUUCGUGUGCUCUUGUGAGCCUGAGAGGCUCACAGGGCGCUGCAACUACCGCUCCUUCAACUACCUGUGGUACUGUCCCAGCAGAUAUUGUGUUUUUACUUGAUUCUUCGGGAUCAGUGGGAUCAGCAAACUUUCAAAAACAGUUAGACUUUGUGAAAAAAUUCGCCAAUACAUUUGACAUUGGGCCCAGCAACGUUCAAAUUGGUGUGGAGACGUUCGCAACGACGCCCCAUCACCAGUUUUUCAUGAACAAAUAUCCAACGAAACCCACGUUGUUGAACGCCAUCGGUAGCGUGCCGUACCAGUCGGGAUCUACCCACACUGAUCUGGCGUUGAAAUACAUCAUGGACCAUGACUUCAAGCCGGCUGCUGGGGACAGAGAUCACGUGGUCAACAUUCUGGUUGUGAUGACUGACGGUCAGUCGAACGACAGACAGGCUACCACCACUCAGGCCAACAAACUUCACACCAUGAAUAUAAAAACUUUCGCCAUCGGCAUCGGGAGUGGGAUUAACCACGCUGAGCUGGAGCAUAUUGCUACUGACGCUAAACACGUCUUCACCGUGUCAAACUUUGACGCCCUGAACACACUGCAGGCGGAGCUGAAAAAGACGGCUUGUGAAGUUGACGGACAUUGGAGCAAGUACGGAUCCUGGUCCCCCUGCUCCAAAUCUUGCGGAGGUGGAACUCACUACAGAGAGAGAUCUUGCAACAACCCCCCACCAGCCAAUGGAGGCAAAAACUGUGUCGGAGCUGCCAGAGAAACAGCAACCUGUAACACUAAGGCCUGCCCAACACAACCCCCAACCACCACUCCCCGUCCAACCACCAACCCCCCUCCAACUACCACCCCAUCUCCAGGAUGUGGUGUCGUUCCCGCCGACAUCCUCUUCAUUUUGGAUUCUAGCGGUAGUGUAGGAAACACAAAUUUCCAAAAAAUGCUCGGCUUUGUUAAAAACAUGGUGAACGGCAUGGACAUCAGCCCAACCGGAACCAAAGUUGGAGUGAUCACCUACAGUGAUCGAACCCAUCUUGAAUUCCACUUGAAUGCCCACAGUGACAAGACAUCACUUGAACAAGCCAUUUCAGGCAUUAGGUAUAUUUCUGGAGGUACAAAUACCGCUGAUGCCUUGAAAUAUGCCAGGGAGACCAGUUUCCAGAAUGUGAAUGGUGCCAGAUCCAACGCCGCCAAGAUUGCCAUUGUGAUCACUGACGGAAAAUCCACCAGCAGUAUUGCCACUUCUGCUGAGGCUCAGCGACUGAGACAACAGGGUGUAACCGUUUUCUCUGUCGGCGUUGGAGCCGCAAACAAGCAGGAACUGGACGCUAUGGCAACCGAUCCCGACAAUUCGCACGUUUUCGUCGUCAACAAUUUCGAUGCUCUUAAACAAAUUAACGGAGAGUUGGCCCAGAAAGCUUGCGAAGUUAAAGCCACAACAGCCCCUCCACCAACCAACAGAACAGGGUGUGGUGCUAAGGCAGACAUCGUCUUCCUCUUGGAUUCCUCCGGUUCUGUCGGAUCAUCCAAUUUCCAGAAAAUGCUCAAGUUUGUAGAAGGUGUUGCACAGGACUUCAACAUUGGGCCAAAUGAUGUUCAGAUCGGAGUAGACACUUUCUCAUCGAGCCACAAGGCCGAAUUCCACAUGAACUCUCACCUCGAUAAGCAAUCCUUGGUAUCCGCCAUCAGUCGCAUUCCUUACAAGUCUGGAUCCACUCAUACUGGGGAAGCCAUCCAGUUUAUGCACACCGACAGCUUCACAUCUGCUGCAGGUCACAGACCAGGCGUACCGAAGAUUGCAGUCGUGGUUACGGACGGUAACUCUAACAACAGACAGCUGACGGCAGCCGAGGCCGACAAAGCCAGGAAGGACGGCAUCACGAUGUUUGCCAUCGGUGUCGGACACGGAAUCAACGACGGAGAGCUUCACGCCAUCGCCACGGACCCCGACAGCCAAUACUCCUUCCACGCCGAGAGCUUCGAUGCCUUGACCUCCCUCAAGGGAUCACUGUCUUCAAAGACAUGCGAACAGGCCAAACCAACUCCAGCCCCUGCACCAAACUGCAAUGCCGGAAGCGUUGCCGACAUCGUUUUUGUUCUGGAUUCCUCCGGAAGUAUCACAAAACCAAACUUUGACAAGAUGAUCAAUUUCGUCAAGGACAUGGUCCGAAGCUUUGACGUCGGACCAAACAAGAUCCGUGUUGGGUUGGAAACGUUCAGCAGCCGUCCCUACCAAGAGUUCCAACUGAACUCCCACACCGACAAAGCCGCCCUACUGACCGCCUUGGAUAAGGUAACCUACAAGAGUGGCGGUACCAACACUGGAGACGCUCUUAACACAAUGUACACCAAAAUGUUCACCCCUGCCAACGGUGACCGAUCUAACGUACCAAACAUUGCCAUCGUACUGACGGAUGGAAACUCUAACAACCACCCACAAACGGUCAAAGAGGCCAACAAUGCUCACCAACAAGGCAUCAACGUGUUCUCCAUUGGUAUUGGAAAUGGAAUCUCUAAAUCAGAAUUGAACAGCAUUGCCUCGGAUCCCGACAGCGAACACGUGAUGACCAUCACAAACUUUAACCAGUUGUCGCAAAUCCAAGGCGCCUUCCAAGCCAAGACUUGCAACGUUAUUCCACCAACUCCUGGAGUUAACCUUACCCCUGCUCCUCUGAUCGACCCCUGUCAGGACGCCAUUGCCGACUGCGCCAGGUACGGCGUAUCUUCCUGUUCCGGACAAUACACUGACUGGGCCAAGAUUAACUGUCAGAGGUUCUGUCAAUUCUGUCAACCCGCAAUCAAGACCCCACCUCCCCCCUGUACAGAUGACCUUCCCGCUCCCCAGCAAUGUUCCCAGUUCGAUCCCAAUGUGUGCACUCAGUACAAACCAUGGGCUGAGGCCAACUGCAGGAAAUUCUGUGGAUAUUGCAGCCCAGAUGCCAAGGGCGUCACCGGAUACUACGGAAGCUGUUAUUACAAUGGCAAGACAUACUCUCAGGGACAGCGAUGGUCUGAUGGCUGCGCAUACGAAUGCACUUGUGAUAAUGCUGGCAGUGGAAAAUACAGUUGCUACAACAAGUGCCCCGCCUACUACAAUCUACCACCUCAAUGUACACUGACCAAGAAAACAGGAGAGUGCUGCCUGCAGCCCGUCUGUAACUUUAAUCCACAAUACCAGACACAGACAGGUCAAAAGGUCGUCAACGUCAACGGAGUCAAUAUGUGCGUCUACAACGGUAAGAACUACUAUCAAGGCCAGACCUGGUCCGUUGGCUGUGAAUAUGACUGUCAAUGUGUCGAUGCUGGCGCUGGAAUGUGGAGCUGUCAAUCUAAGUGUCCAGUUUACCAGAAUAUCCCAUCCAUUUGUCGCUUGGAAACUCCACCUGGAAAAUGUUGCCAGGAACCAAAGUGUACCUUCAGUAAUCAAUAUGGAACCUUCUCCGGAGCUGGAACAAUUUCCGGAAAUGGAACAGCCACCACCACACCUACUGCACCUCCCCCAUGUGUUGAUAAAAUCAACAACUGUAACCAAUAUCAGCUGGCAACCUGUACAGACAAAAUGUACCGAGACUGGGCUCUGGUCAACUGUCCAAAAUUCUGUGGAUUCUGCUCUUUACUGAACCAACCUGGACCAAAUGAUGUCUGCGUUUACAAGGGUGUGACACACAAGCAAGGAGAGACUUGGUAUGAUGGCUGCGAAUACGAGUGCAUGUGCGAAAACGCUAAAUAUGGAUACUACAGAUGCAAUAAGAGAUGUCCAGACUACACUAACCUUCCCCUUGGCUGCAACAUGGUCAAGGUCACCGGCCAAUGCUGUCCAGUGGUCAACUGUUCUGCCGGCUCUACGGGCACCUUCGUGGGCUCCAGUACCGUCCCCACCCUCGGAGGAUACCCCAUCCCCAGCAUCAAACCCACAUCCGCUCCCAACCCGCUCAACCCAGGCGCUCCUACUGUGGCCCCACAACUGGUUCCUAAACAGAUUGAUGGCUGUUAUUACAAUGGAAUGUUGUACCAACAGUCGCAGAGAUGGACGGAUGGUUGCAAGUACUCCUGUGUUUGUGACGACGCAAAGACCGGUCGUUACAGGUGUUCUCCAAAAUGCCCGACAUUCAACAACUUGGAUGCUGCGUGCAAACUGAUGGAAGACCCCAAUGAUCCAUGCUGUCAGAUCCCGAAUUGUCCUGCAAACGCCACCCUUACCAAUGUUCCGGUCCCCUCAUACGGACCCGGAAUCACCGGAUACGGAACUGCCACCUAUCCCCCCAUGACCGUCACCGGCAGCACCGGACCUUCAAUUAACGGAACCGGAACUCCGUCAUCCUUUACUGGCUUUGGUCAAGUUGGACCCACCGUACAAGGAUCAACAACCGGUGUUUGCAUUUACAAGGGUCAGAUCCAUCAACAGGGGCAGACAUGGGACGAUGGGUGUGACUACAGGUGUACCUGUGUGGACGCUUCCGUUGGCCAGUACAGAUGUACCGACAGAUGCCCAUCUUACCAGAACCUUCCCCCUCAGUGCCGCAUGAUCCAGGACCCCAACGAUUCCUGCUGCCAGACCUAUGUUUGUGACCAAACUGUCACCACGGCUCCCCCACUGUUCCAAAGAACCACACCCGCGUCAGGAUCAGGAGACUACUGCGUGUACAAGAGCCAGUACUACCACCAGGGAGAGGAAUGGUUCGAUGGCUGCAGCUACAAGUGUCGGUGUGAAGAUGCUAAAAAUAAAUACUACCAAUGUACUGAAAGAUGUGGCCAAUAUUCCAACAUUCCCGUCGGAUGUACAUACGUCACCGAUCCCAAUGACUCCUGUUGCCGUGUCCCACAAUGCACUGUGACCGGAAGCACCGGUCAGGCCGUCACUGGAUUCAAUCCAGCGGGUUACACCGGAAGCUUCACGGGACAAGGACGACCCCAGGUCGCCACCGGAUCAACUUCCGGUGCAGUGACUGGAUAUUCAAAUAACUGCAUCUAUAAGGGCCAAAUUUACACUCAGGGUCAGACUUGGCAAGAUGGUUGCGACUACAACUGCGAGUGCAUCGAUGCAUCCAAGGGAGUUUACCGUUGCACGGACAGAUGUCCAAGAUAUGGAACAAUCCCCGCAGAAUGCCACUUAGUUCCCGACGCCAACGACCAGUGUUGUCAGAAACCAGAAUGUAAUCCAACUGGAGCCGGCGCAUGCCGUGAUGUCAAACCCGACUGUGCAUCUUACGGUGACUACGCUUGUCACGAGCCCUACGCCGGAUGGGCCAAGGACAACUGUGCUAAGUUCUGUGGAUUCUGUGGAAACACUACCACAUCCACUCAAGUCCAAGCAACCACGGCCCCAGGAAUGUGUGCUGACAGAAUUCCUAAUUGCAAGGAUUACGGAACCCAGUCUUGCUCUGGACAGUUCGCUGGAUGGGCCAAGUACAACUGCCCCAAGACCUGUGGAUUUUGUGGUGGAACUGGCACCGGAACCAUUGGAACAAUGACCGGAACCGGAACUGGAACUUCCGGCACAGGCUCAGGAGCGUGUCAGGAUACCAUUAAUAACUGUGCUGAGUUCACUAGGUCCUCGUGUGUAGAGCCAUACAUCUCCUGGGCUGUCAAGAACUGCCCCGCCUAUUGUGGCUUCUGUGGACCCAAUGGUACAAUAAUUGUAACUGGAAACACAGGAUCCAUGACUGGAACCGGAACUGGUGGUACCGGAACCGGAACACAGGGAGGCAUGACUGGAAUUGGAAUGGUGACGUCCAUACCAGGAAGCUCUUUCACUGGAGUUGGAGGUGGAUGUUUGUAUAAGGGACAACUGUAUCAACAAGGUGAACAGUGGAACGACGGCUGUGAAUAUAACUGCACAUGUUCUGAUGCAUCACGUGGUUAUUACGUAUGCAGGGCACUAUGUCCCCAAUUCACCAGCCUCCCUCAAGGAUGUGUUCUUGUAAAGCCAACUGGACAAUGCUGUGCACAACCUCAGUGUACAGGAGGAACCGGAACUGGAACUGGAACCGGAACCAUGACAGGAACCGGAACUGGAACUAUGACAGGAACAGGAACCGGAACUGGAACUAUGACAGGCCAAGGAACAGGAUGUUUCUAUAACGGAACAUUAUACCAACAAGGACAGAAAUUUGACGAUGGUUGUAAAUACACCUGCACAUGCGCAGAUGCAUCAAGAGGCUAUUACACGUGUCAGAACAAAUGUGUUGAUUGGCAAUUGCCCCCCGUCUGCACACUGAACCCACCUGCCCCAGGUAAAUGUUGCAAGACGCCAAACUGUCCCCAAGGAUACGUCAUCAACUAUCCCCCUGGCUAUGUGGAGCAGUAACAGUUAGAUUAAUAUAAGUGUGAAGAAAUCACAUCAAUAAAAGUAUUUCUUGUAUUUGUAUCGAGUGUUUAUUAAUUGAAUACAUUUAUACUGUGAAAGGUUUGUAAUA